UGCAACAGUGAGGUUUCACGGUUUGAAGUUUUAUCCUAGUUUCAACUUCUGACAGUUUUCUGAGGCUUUCACAGCAUGUGAUAUCUCCUGUGUCACUGAGGACAGACCUGAUGGGUGCUGAAGUAAAGUAUAUUCCAGCAUGUUUAAGCUCUGUGGACUUCACUUUCUGCUUGUCAUUCACUUGGCUAUGUGCCAGAACUUGGGGGACCUGCACGUAACUGGGCCUCUGAAGGAUAUGAAUUUCUCUAUUCCAGAAGGAGGAGGAGUGCGUUUUAUUUACCAGUUCACAUCUGAGCCACCUGCUGUGCGUUUCAGAGCAACCGGUGAAAAAGAUGGAAUAAUUGACAUUGUGUCGAAGACAGGCAUUCUGUAUCUAAAUGGGUCUCUGGACUGGGAGACCAAAACAGAGCACAGGCUGCAGGUGGAAAGUCUGGAUGAACAAGGAAAUGUAGUGAAUGGUCCAUACAAUGUUACAAUAUAUGUGGAGGAUAUCAAUGACAAUCCACCAGAAUUUGACCAGCCGAAGUAUACUGGAGUAGUGAGGCAGAACACCCGUCCAGGCAAGCCCUUCAUGCGCGUCCAUGCCACUGAUCGUGAUGAUCCUACAACUCCCCAUGCGCAGCUGACGUACAGCAUUCUCCACCAUUUUCCCAACCCUUACGCAGAAAUGCUUUUCCAGAUCAAUAACGUAACUGGAGAAAUCUCACCCAGUAAGAUGGGUUCUUACUACUUAGAUCCUCAAAAGCAGGACACCUUCACACUCGUUGUCACCGUGAGGGACAUGGCAGGAAUGACAAUGAAUGCUUUCACCGGUAGUGCUGAUGUGGUCAUCACUGUGAAGGAGAGCCUUUGGAGAGCUCCCAGCACCAUUCACAUCCAAGAAAACUCAACCCAGGUCCACCCUGUCAACAUCAGUCAGGUGCACUCAAAUGAGGCAGAUGUAAUUUAUGACAUUUUUGAAAAAGAAAAGCUGCCCAGGCUCCCAUUUUCCAUUGAUCAGAACGGGGUUAUUUAUGUGACUGAACCAUUGGACAGGGAGGAAAAGGAUUCUUAUGUUUUCUUUGUGAUCACAAAAGAUAAUGUGGGAGAUCUGGUGGACAAGCCUUUGCAGAUUCAUAUUAUUGUGGAAGACAUUAAUGACAAUCCCCCUGUAUGCCAGCAGGCCCUCACUGUACUUGAAGUUCAAGAAAAUGAAGGUGUAGGAAGUAAUAUUGGCACCCUCUAUGCUGCGGACAUGGAUGAGGAAGGCACCCUUAACUCUCGCCUGCAGUUCAAAAUUGAAAGUCAGGUUCCUGCUGUUCCUGAAAGUGAUAUGUUCUAUAUUCAGCAAGACACUGGGGUUUUGCAGUUAAUUACUCGUAGGUUAAACAAGCGCAUUGCAUCCAACUAUUCCUUGAAGGUGCUGGUGACAGAUACAGUAUUUCAAACAAUCUGUGAUGUGCAAAUAUAUGUAAUAGACAUCAAUGAUCAAAUUCCCAUCUUUGAAAAAUCACAGUAUAACAGUGUAGAUGUUGCAGAAAAUCUCCCAGAAGGAACAGUGAUAUUAGAAAUUCAAGCUACUGAUGGAGAUGAGCCUGCCACAGGGAGCUCCUACAUCAUUUACCAAGUGAAGGAAGGAGAUCCAAACAACACAUUCUUCAUAGAGACAGAUGCUAAAACAAACCGAGGGUUUGUCAAGAUUAACAAGGCUCUUGAUUUUGAAACAACUCCAGAAUACAACCUGGUGAUCAAUGCCACAAACCCUGAACCGCUGGUGCCAGGCGUGCAGUACAACUCAAGUUCUCUUACCUUCGUUAAAGUUUUUGUAAAAAAUGUGGAUGAGCCACCUGUUUUCCACAAGACGGUUUACAAAGGAGAAGUGUCUGAAGACAUUCCUGUCAACACCCUGGUCAUGACCGUGGAAGCCUAUGAUCCUGAGGGGGAUACUGUACGAUACUCCUUAGAAGGUGACGUGAGGAAAUGGCUGAGGGUUGAUUCAGUGACUGGGCAGAUAUACACUGCUUCUGCUUUGGAUCGAGAACAGCAAGAAAUAUACACGGUUGAUGUUGUUGCAUCAGAGCAAAAUAAUGCAGCUCAGAAAUCCAAAGCAACUUUGGUACUACAGUUACAUGAUGUGAAUGACAAUCCUCCACGGUUAGCUACGGAUCAUCCUCCUUUCUUCUGCCACCCACUCGCUGGAGGAAAGAGAGCUUUAAUUCAAGCUAUUGAUGAUGAUAAACAGUGGUAUUUUUCAACAUUUACUUUUUCUCUCGUGGAUGAUACGAAUACAAGAAAUAAUUGGAAACUCUCAAAAGCCAAUGCGACUCAUGCUUACCUCUCUCCGAAACACACUAACUUUGAAGAGAAGGUGUAUCAUGUUCCAGUAAUAAUUAAUGACAAUGGAAAACCACCUUUGGAAGGAAAAGUGAAUCUUGAAGUAAACGUCUGCAAGUGUUCAAGUGAAAAGUCGUGUUUUGUUGAAGUAGAGCGAGAGCACUCCUUGCCAAGCACUGGGCAGGCAGUUGGGAUUCUUGUUGGCGUCCUGCUUAUUAUUGUUCUCAUUGUAGUGGGUGUGUUUCUUCACAUGAAAUACAAACAGCAAAAUGAAACAAAGAGUCAUCAGCAAGAUGCAAAGGAUAAGUCUGAACUCAAUAGACUGGCUUAAUGACUGUUCAUCAAGAGACAAAAACGCACUUUGAGCUGGGAAGGAAGGCUCCCAAAGCUCAGCAGUGUACAAUCACGAACUGAGGAUACAAACAUGCAAAAGCAGGCUCCUAGGGUUCUGGUCUCACUUUUGUAGGUGAUACUGUUUAGUCAUGAAACAAAAAAACCUACAUACACUUCAGCAUCAUCCAUUAAUAAGAAUUUUUUACUGAAAAAAAUUUUUUCAGCUUUUACUGAAGUGUUAACUCGUGACAACACGAAAUGCUGUGGUCCUGCAAGGAUCAAUAUACGUGACCAGCCUUCUCUGCUUGGCAGCUGAAAUAAAUAUGGAAUAUCAAGAGGACUAAGUUUUAUCUAAUUGCACAUCUCUGGCUCUUUCCAUCUUGAUGAGUUACUGAUUAGCAGAAUGGGAAUCAAAGUCCUGUGCUACAUUUGAAGAUGCCUUAUGAAGUCUCUGACUCUCAGCAAAGGAGCUCUUGCCCUGGGUCACGCCUGCUUGCAUUGUGCUGGUGAAUUUGUGCUAGCAACAUUCACCAGCAAUGUGACAUUUCAGUUUUUCAUUUUUGAUACACACCAUAACCAGUUUGUGAAGCAACAAAGCCUCUCAUUACGGUUUCUAAGCUAGAAGAUGCAUGCUGAGUUGUGUGCAGUAGGGUAAUGUGCUGUUUUAUGAUACUGUUGCAAAUAUUUUUUGGCCCCUACACAUGAGAUAAGAAUAAAAAUAUUCUUUAAAGGCUUUAGUGUCUGCUUAUCUUAUUAAAAAAAAAAGAGUGUAUGAGAGUAAACUGUCGCUACUUGGUUAUCUAUUGUAUUAACCCUCAGUUUUGCAUACUGCAAAUUAAAAAAAAUGGCUCUCAGGCGAGAGUGAUACACAUCGCACUGAUUCAAGAUGCAAUGGUUGCUGGAGGCAGUUGUAUCUUGGUUUCAGUGAAAGGUGUUUGAGCCCAGGAUGACAUUCAGAAAAGUAAAGCCUUUCUCCUGACAGCAUGCCUAUAGAAGGGCAUUUGUAUGAGAGUCUGAGGGAGCCUUUUCUUUUAUGCUAUAAAUAAAAGCUGACAAAUAUUGUAUUAAACUGAAAAAAACAAUAUGCUUUUGAAAACACUGAAGAAAAGGUCAUAUGGAAAAGAAUAUGUUUACGCAGGAUUUUUUUAACAGCUUUUGCAUGCAGCUCAGAACUAGAAAGAAAAGAGCACGUUUUUGGUAGCAUUGCAUUAUAAUGGGUUUUCCUAGAGUGCUGCCAACAAAAACUUUGGUUCAGCAACACAACCCAAUUGUUAUACCUUUUCACCCAUC